AUGGGAACUGAGAAGAAACCAGGCGGUGUGGGCAACGAGAUAAUUGAUAUGUGGGAAGCGAGGAGUAUAACAUGGACUCGAGAUGGGAGUCGUUUCGUUCUGGCUCUUCAAGAUGGAUCGUAUGCUUCUUGUGAUCCAUUGAACGCUUCAACAUGCGAAAGACCGCCGCAGGUUUUUGGGCCGUUCCCCUGUGUGCCGACAAAGAAAGCAUUCUUUGCUGAAACAUCGAGUUCGGAUGAGCGCAUAGUGCUUUUUUCUGGUGGUAUGCCUCAUGCUUCCUAUGGUGACAGAUUUGUUGUUACUGCUCGGCAGGGUGACCGGACUUGUGUUUUCGAUUUUGCAAGUCCAGUCAUAGAUUUUCUGCUUACGACUGGAGGUGAGUUUGGUUACAUAGAUGAUGGUUAUCAUACAUGUGCCCUUGUGCUCACCGAAAACGAGCUUGUUUGUAUUGACUUGACUGAUCGUUACUGGAGGGUAAUACCCACUGAGCAGAUCUUCCCGUUGCAUGCUAGUCAGAUAACCACAUCGACUCAUUGUUCUCACGUUGAAAAACAUGUGUGGUCUAAAUUAAAUAAGCUUUCGGCCGAAGAAAUUCGUCGAAAUCGCAAGUUUUCUACCAACGCUUGGCCUUUGAAUGCGAAAAUUCCAGUAUCGGAUGAGACUCGCGUUGUAAAGGAAGCAACGAAGCGUCAGCUGUAUUUAACUGGACAUGAGAAUGGAACUGUGCGAGUUUGGUCAGCUGGUCACUCUAUAAUGCAGUUGCUUUUUGUUAUCGAUACACGAAUCGAAUUUUUAGGAUUCGUUGAAGAGGGAAACGAAGCGUCUGAUGGCAAAAUCAAUGACUGUGAAACGGAUUCUUCCGAUGAUGAAUAUCAGAUCACGAACGAGUGGCCACCAUUCAAAAAGGUUGGCGAUUAUGAUCCCUUUUGUGACGAUGCAGGUUUGUCCGUCCAGAGAAUUGCAUUUGACGACAAAUCUGGCCAUAUAGUUGUUGGAUGUAGAGGUGGUCAUGUGCUUGUUUACUCACUUGAAGAAGAUGAGAAGGAAUUGACUCCGCAGACAUUGAACGUAGAAUUGUAUGAAUCCUCCAAGUUACCUCCACAAGCUCGAAAUAGUCAUGCAUUACCUGCUCGCGAAAUACCAAAGAAGUACCUCCCAGGAUACCAGCCUUACGCUUUAUCUGUACGGAACAAGAGUGCAUUAGUGCAGUUGCGACCAGCGCUGGCUGUAUCAGCUGUGGCUAGCAUAUCUUCUCGGCAUUUAGUCGCAGCUUCAAAUGAAUAUGGAUUUGCCGUUAUAGAUAUGGAUAAGCAAGCAGUCAUACUUCAGAACAGCUUACUAAAUCAAUCAGUGGAAUCCCCUACAUGGUUCAUUCGUUGCCUUAAAUUCCUUUCUGUUCCAGCAAUGGGCAUAGCAGGGGUAUGUGAUGUGUUUGUGGUGGGAACGAAUGGUGGGAAGCUAGUGAUAUAUACGAUUACAGACCAACCACGAGCUGAGGACGUGUGUAAGUUGCUGAGAACCAUUACUCUACGGCACGGGGCUCCCAUAAUCCAUGUGGACGUUAUAUUGGAACCAGGAACAAGGGCGUCCUCAGCUCGUCUAAUCAUUUUCACAGAGGAGCAGAUCAGAAGUUUCUAUUUGCCAAGCCUCAAACCGUCGCGUUAUAAGGUAAAGCUAACAAGCGUCGAGGGACUACGAAUUCGGAAGGCAUCUAUUGUCACUCUUCAUAAUGUGAAUGAUCUCUCUAAUUGUGAAAGUUUCGCAGCGAUUGUGAAUAAUCAUGGUGAAGUAGCCGUGUAUUCGCUUUCAAACCCUAAAAAGACAGAAAAAUUCUCUGUGUUGAAGAGCACUGAUGUUGCUGGGAUAUCGUCUAUGCUGAUAACACCAUUCGGUGAGUUGCUUUACCUAAGGCAAGGCGGAUCAGAACUACAACGUGCAACCAUAUCGGAACAUUCGCUGCCGUGGACAAUGCCUGGUCAAGGAAGUAAAUGGCCAGAAGAAAUCACCCCAAGUGACGUGACGUAA